CCUGCCGUCAGUCGGCUCGUUCCUCGCUCAGCAACGGUUUCGCGUCUCCAGAGAGUGCGAUGUUCGCCGCGUGACGUCCCGGUUCCCUGUGAUUGUGAACUUUGAAGUUCCUGUCUCAAUCGAACGAACCAACUUUACUUCCCCUUGCGGAAUAUGGUGCAAAGUUAACGACUGCAAGUGUAGCUAGUUUUGACGUUGAGUCAAUCUUGUACAGAUCUUUAGUGGAUUUAUUUUGUGUGCCAAAUCAAAUUUAGUCAUCAUGAAAAGCACUCAAGGAAAGUUAUGUGCCAAACUCUCGAGCAGUUUCCUAAGGAAGUGGUGGCUCGUAAUUGUUGCAGCCUUAGUUUUAUUGUUCGCCGGAGUAAUAGUAGCAUUAUUUUUCACUGCCUGGGUUAAUUUAGUCAUCGAUAAUCAAAUCACACUAAAAUCUGGCGGUCAAGUGUUCGAAAUGUGGAGGAAGCCUCCAGUGCACCCUGUAAUGAAAGUGUACAUUUACAACGUCACGAAUGCCGACGAAUUCCUUAACGACGGCCAGAAGCCAGUGCUCGAGGAGCUUGGACCUUUUGUCUACGUCGAAACGUGGGAAAAGGUGAACCUGACAUUUAACGAGAACGGUACGCUGACGUUCAACCAGAGAAAAAUCUUCAGGUUCGACCCCGAACAAUCCGUCGGCUCCGAAGAUGAUAUGGUCGUCGUCCCCAACAUUCCUAUGCUCAGCGCUACUUCUCAAAGUAAACAUGCGGCGAGAUUCUUAAGGCUGGCCAUGGCCUCCAUCAUGGACAUCCUGAAAAUCAAGCCCUUCGUCGAAGUAUCCGUUGGACAGCUCCUCUGGGGAUACGAAGAUCCGCUUCUGAAACUUGCCAAAGACGUCGUUCCGAAAGAACAAAAGCUCCCAUACGAUGAAUUCGGUCUGCUCUACGGGAAAAACGGAACUGGUAAAGACAACAUGACCGUCUUCACUGGAGCAGAUGACAUCACGAGGUUCGGGCUGGUUGACAAAUUCAACGGCAAAAGCAACUUGGGCCACUGGAAGACAGACAAAUGUAACAGGAUCGACGGAAGUGACGGCUCCAUCUUCCCGCCACACAUGACUCAAAACACAACCAUUUACGUUUUCGACAAGGACAUCUGCAGACUUCUACCCCUUGUUUACAAGCAAACUGUGAUCACCAACGGUCAAGUCGAAGGUUACCGUUUCACCCCACCGAAAGACGUCUUCGCCGAUGCCUCCGUCAACCCAGAGAACGACUGCUUCUGCCCAUCUGGACCACCUUGCGCUCCAAGCGGAAUGAUGAACGUCAGUGCUUGCCAGUUUGAUUCUCCUGUCCUCCUAUCUUUCCCUCACUUCUACUUGGGAGACCAGAAAUACAGAGAGGCUGUUGAAGGUAUCAGCCCCCCUGACCCAGAGAAACACGAGAUGUACAUUGAUGUACAACCCGAAAUGGGAGUUACUCUGCGAGCUAGAGCCAGAAUCCAAAUUAAUCUUGCCGUUAGCCAAGUAAUUGACAUCAAACAAGUAGCAACCUUCCCUGACAUUGUAUUCCCCAUCAUGUGGUUCGAAGAGGGAAUCGAAGGUCUGCCGAACGAGGUAACCGACCUGCUCCGACUGGCGACUUCAGCGCCUCCGGUGGCGAAGGCCGCCCUCACCUGGACCCUGUUCCUGGCCGGUGCCGUCCUCCUAGUCCUGGCCGUCGGCUGUCUCAUCCACAACUCCGGCCGACAGGAGACCCUCAGCCUGGAGGGCACGGCCCACUACGCCGCCAACGAGAAGAGCCGGCGGAUGAAGGCCGCCGCCGCAGCCGCCUCCGCCAACGGAAACGGGAAGUCGCCCUCCGGGGUCAACCCCGCCUUCAUGGACGACAACGCCACAUAAUCUUAAGGCUCAAACAGCUUUCGAGUCUCUCAUACCGGGAAGCGCAAAUUGAGUCAUGGGAACUUUAGCAUGGGCAUCGAGAUAAAAGUCCAUUUGGAUCAAUAGGAUCAUUAGGUCAGUUCGACGGCAUAACGUUCGAAGGAACCAAAUUUCUUUUACUCAUUUCAAAAUCAACAAUAUCUGUCAUUGAUUUUGCUUAUGGAGAUACGUAAUUUUGU